AUGGCAAAGAGUAAAUGGGUAAUUUUACUCGUGACAGAAUUAUUUUCAGCCUUAUCACUAGUUGCUAUAAUUGUGUCAUUUUCUACAGACCAUUGGGUCGUCUCGGAUAUGAAAUAUGAAUCAAAUGAAGAUAUUGGAAUUUCAUACAUGCAUUAUGGAUUAUUUGAUGGAAAAUUGACUCAAAGUAUUUAUCAAACAACAAAAUUUAUUGAUCUUACAAUAAUAUGCAGAUAUGACAUAAACAAGUGCUUUUAUAGUUGUCAACAAACAUCAGAUAGGAGAAGCAAUGAGUUUGAUCAAUUGUUAAAGGGUGAAAACUUGGCUAUAUGCCCUGCAUCGAGAACGAAACAAACGGCAAGAAAUUUUAAUGAACAGGUGAAUAUGACGGCGAUGACGAUGAAAAUAAACUAUGACGAAAUGAGUGAAGCGGCAACAUUUGAAGAUGAAUUUUUAAGCGCUGGCCUGUGGCUAACGACUGUCAUAUUUUUGGCUUUAAGCAGCCUAUUUACAUUGAUAUCAGCAUUUUUCUCGAUGCUCAAUAUUCUCUGUAAUCCGAUUUCAUAUCUGUCUAGCACACAUGGACUUUAUGUGUGGAAUGGAAUCGCAGCUUUAAUGUGCUCAAUCACAAUGAUCAUUUAUUCAUCGCUCUUUGGGAUUUUUAUUAGCAAAAAUAUUGCGAUUACUGAUACACUUCGCACAUUAUCUCGUUUUACAUCCGAUGGACUCGCACAAUUUGGUUUUUCAUUUUGGAUUCUCAUUCUGUCUAUAUUUUGCCAUCUCAUAAAUAUUGGAUUGGUUUAUUAUCGCAAUUAUUUGCUUCAACAUCAACCGAAACCACCUGUCAUUACAGUCCAUAAGAAUGAUUCAACAAUUCUAGUUUACUAA